AUAAACUCAGUCAUCUCUAGAAGAUUAGGGUUUCAGCUGCGCUCUCUCUCCCCAUAUUGUUAAAAGUAGGGUGUGAGCUCUUUUUUGGAGAUGACUUCCAAAACUGAGAGAAAGAUGAAGUCUCAAGCACCAGCUCUGAUUAUGCCACUUCCCGAGGACGUCAUGUUUGACAUCUUAGCACGUGUUCCAAGGUGUGAGUAUCCAACACUCUCCCUCGUUUCCAAGCAGUUCCGAUCACUUGUUGCUUCACCUGGGCUAUACGUAAGACGAUCCUCUUUAGGCUUCACCGAACCUUGCUUCUAUGUUCUCCUCUAUGACAACAAAUCACGUGACUACCGUUGGUAUACUCUGUACCGGGAAGCCAACGGCGGCAAACGCCGCUUGGUCCUUAUCCACUCGCUUCCAGCUAAGAAGCUUGAUGCAAGCAUUCUCUCCGUAGGCUCGAGCAUUUAUUUGAUUGGUGGUGGGAGAGAUGGCGUGUUAAGAAUUUAUUGUGGAUGUCACACUGUGGAGCAUCUCCCCAACAUGCCUUCGCACAUGUCUCUUAGAAUUGCUGACGUCAUCGAUGGGAGAAUCUACGUGAUAGGAAACAGCUUCGACUUGAUGAAGAAGAAGAAGAAGAAGGCGAUGGUGGUGUUCGAUACAAAAUCACAAAUGUGGGAGCCUGGGAUGAUAUUAAGACGAGACAUAGAUCUAGGUAAGACGUGGUAUGUUUGUGUCGCGAUGGCUGAUAAGUUGUACACAACGGAUUAUCAUAAAAGCUUUGUUUACAAGCCAAAGGAGGGUAAAUGGGAAAGGGAAGAGAUGCUGAGUUCUAAGGCGUGGCAAGAUGCGUGUGUCGUAGAUGAUGUAUUGUACUAUUACGAUAAUGAUGAGGGAGAGUUAAGAGCAUAUGAUUCAAAUCAGAGGCGUUGGGGAGUGGUCAAAGGUAUGGGAGAUGUGUUGCAUAUGACUAGAAGCCCAAAUUGCACAGGCACUACGAGUACGAGCUACGGUGGGAAACUGGGUUUAUGUUUUUCUAUAGGAAGUCGUUUGCCUUAUCCUAAAGGAGGAGUGUGGUGCAGAACAAUGAAGAUUUGGUGUGCGGAGAUAUCGCUGGAAAGGCGUCAAGGAGGAGAUAUUUGGGGUAAAGUUGAGUGGUGUGAUCGGGUUAUGACUGCUGAUAAUUUAGACGUGAAGAAAUUUUUAGCUGUUUUGGUCUGAUGCAGGAGCACUUACUCAUCUUAUUUGUGUUUUUGUUUUAUCGCGUUGUCCAGAUAACUAAAUGAGUUUUCUUUUCAUUAUCCUAAAUGAACAUAGCUAGUCGAUUUACCACAAAAAAAAAAAAACUUGAUUAUUUUGUAGCAUUUU